UCGAGUUCCUUGCCCCUUGGGCGAGAUCCGAGAGGAGAGCCACUGAGGAGGAAAAGGGGGAGUUAAGAGAGAGGGAGAGAGAGAGGAGAGUGCGUGACAGAGGGGUUGCGAGAGAGAGAAAGGACGCUGCCGUUAAUAGAGGAGAAAACGUUUGGUGGCGGAACAGUGUACAUCCCAAGGACUAAAGCAUUGCCUUUGGAUUUAUCAGUCCGAGCAUAUUUUUCCCCCUCUUUUUUUGUUUUCCCCCUUUUUCUGUUUGUUUAAAACUGCGAGGAUGUCUGGACAGAGCAUAACGGAUCGGAUAACGGCAGCGCAACACAGUGUUACCGGUUCCGCGGUGUCCAAAACUGUGUGCAAGGCAACCACGCACGAAGUCAUGGGGCCAAAGAAGAAACAUUUGGAGUGUCUGAUCCACUGCACCAAUGAGAUGAAUGUGAACAUCCCUCAGCUGGCCGACACGCUGUUCGAGCGCACCACCAACACCAGCUGGGUGGUCGUUUUCAAAUCCCUCAUCACCACACACCACAUUAUGGUCUACGGCAAUGAGAGAUUUGUACAAUAUCUGGCCUCCAGGAACACAUUAUUCAACCUCAGUAAUUUUUUGGACAAAAGCGGGUUACAAGGGUAUGACAUGUCCACCUUCAUUCGGAGGUACAGCCGCUACCUGAACGAAAAGGCAGUCUCAUACAGACAAGUGGCUUUCGACUUCACAAAAGUAAAAAGAGGGGCGGAUGGCGUAAUGAGAACUAUGAACACAGAGAAGCUCUUAAAGACCAUCCCUAUCAUCCAAAACCAGAUGGAUGCACUCCUCGACUUCAACGUAAACGCUAAUGAGCUCACAAACGGGGUCAUUAAUGCUGCAUUCAUGCUUCUGUUUAAAGACGCCAUCCGUCUGUUCGCGGCCUACAAUGAAGGGAUCAUCAACUUGCUUGAGAAGUACUUUGACAUGAAGAAAGCCCAGUGUAAAGAAGGCCUGGACAUCUAUAAGAAAUUCCUCACUCGAAUGACGAGAAUCUCAGAAUUUCUCAAAGUGGCGGAGCAAGUGGGAAUCGACCGAGGGGACAUUCCAGACCUAUCACAGGCCCCCAGUAGCCUUCUGGAUGCCCUUGAGCAGCAUUUGGCUUCAUUAGAGGGGAAAAAGGUCAAAGACUCCACGGCUGCCAGCAGAGCCAGUACGCUGUCCAAUGCGGUGUCCUCUUUGGCCAACACGGGUAUCUCUUUCACCAAAGUCGAUGAGAGGGAAAAGCAGGCAGCUCUGGAGGAGGAGCAGGCUCGAUUAAAAGCACUUAAGGAGCAGCGUCUGAAGGAACUGUCCAAGAAGCCCUCCACAUCUUCCACGACUGCAGCGUCUCCCGUAUCAACAGAGACGGGAACCAUCAGUUCCACCCCAGCCAUUGACCUGUUCUCCACACCCAGUAGCUUCAAUAACAGUACUCCGAAGGUGCCGAGCGAUCUUUUGGACCUGCAGCCCGCGUUCCAGCACUCCCUGCCUCUCUCCACCGGCCUGCCUUUAGCCAACACAUGGGGAGAUCCUUUCACGUCUACAGAGGCUGUUGACGACUCCAUUCCAAACUUAAAUCCUUUCCUUACAAAUCCAGUUGUUGAUCCUGUCCAUCUGCCUGUUGUGUCUUCAGAUGCUGUUAGUUUUUCCUCUAGGACACCCAGUCAUGAAAUGUUCGGUGAUAAUUACAAUCCCUUUAUUGAUUCGAGCUGUUCCGUUGCAUCACCCGUCGAGCCCUCUGCUCGGAUGGGCUGCUUCCUCUCAGACUCGUUCUGUUCUCCGGCUGCCUACCCUAACACUCCUCUCUUCCACUCUGAGCCCUCCGCUGUAGCUGGACUAUUCGGAGGGUUCGCUGCACCUCCCGCCGCCCAGCCUCCCAGUUCGACGGGCCUUAAUGUUGACUUUGACUCUGUAUUCGGCAAUAAAUCGGCCGCCCACAACACGGACUCGACUGAUGAUAUUUUAGGUGGCAUCCUGAAACCCACAGUGACCUCUCCCAACCAGGGCCUGACGCCCUGCGUCCAACAGCAAGGCAAAUUGGUUUCCGAUGACUUGGAUUCCUCCCUCGCCAACCUUGUGGGAAAUCUCGGUAUUGGAAAUGGAACAGCAAAGAAUGACAUUCAUUGGAGUCAACCCGGUGAGAAGAAGUUGACUGGAGGAACCAACUGGCAACCAAAGAUGGCUCCGACCACAACAUGGAACCCUGCCACCAUGAAUGGCAUGCUUUUCCCACAAUACGCUCCUUCUGUCAUGGCCUUCCCUGCCACGACACCCACAGGAAUGAUGGGAUACGCAAUGCCCCCUCAAAUGGGCUCCAUGACUAUGAUGACCCAGCCCACCAUGAUGUACACUCAGCCUGUGAUGCGGCCAGCCAAUCCCUUCGGCCCAGUCUCAGGGGCACAGCUCUCUACAGCCUCUAGUCCUUCCAGUUCAAGUCCUCUCAGAGCUCCGGGACAGGACCCUUUUGCACAGCUGUCUCUGAAGGAUUUCCUUUAGAUGCAGUUCAUGUAGGUGAAGGAGGGUCGACACUUCCCAAGAAUGAAUUACACGGCAAUCUCAAACCUUUAAUCUCUCUCCAGUUGGCUAUUCGACUCUUCACAGAGUUCUGCCCCAGUACAAACCUGUGUAGGAAUCAGAGGGAGGGGUGGGAGGGGCUUUAUGGAAUAUGAUGGGUGGGGUUGGGAGGGCUAAGACUCUGUUGCCCAGAGAUGGAGGACACCGCGCUCAUUUUGUAAUUUGUCGCGAUAAAAGUUAUUUUACCGUCUAUAACGAAACACAUGGGUGUUGAGAGAGCGUGAGUGCCAGAAUGUGGUGGGUUUUCACGCAAACACGACCUCACUUUUUUCCAUUGAAUGCAAAAAGAGGGAUUUGGGUGGAGUUCUGUCUUUAUCCGAUCACCAAUCAAAGCAUUACCUGAUUUAACCAUCACCAAUUAGAAAUUCUAACAUCGGUUUCUACUAUGAUUUCUACUUUUUUAUGUUAUGACGUUUGCAGUAGACAUUCCUUGUGUAUCGUCUGUAUUUAUUUAUGAUUUGCCCACUGAGGACAUGAAAGAAAUGAAUAAUCUUUUUGUUUUUUCUUUUGAAUUAUGCGUUCAUAUGGGUAUGAUUGGUUGUAUAAUUCGGAUUUUGAGUGACUGGAUUAUGAAAAAAGAUAUAUAAUAUAAAAAUGGGGGAAAAUGGACACCUAUAAACUGACUGAUACAGCACUAAGUAUUCUCAGAAGCAGUUUUAUGUCUAGUGCAAUUUCUUUGUAGCUCAAACGCUCACGGCCCUCCAUUCGUACUCGCAUAGGAUCAAAUGUACCAAUCAUUAUGCCACAUAGUCAGUUCUGUGCCCCAGGGAGGUGGGUGGGUUUUCGUGAGGGAGCAUUUAGCAAAGCACUACAUUUGUGAUUCAGCGACAUUGCAUUUGGGGAAGAUCUGUAUUGCUUUCUGCUUCGCAUGUCAUUAUUUUACAUUUGAGCAUUAUAUGGCUGCCUUUUCAACCUGAAUGUGCAGAGUUGCCUUCAUUUUCGGGCCAUCUAGAAGGAGAAUAGUUGUGUGUGUGUGUGUGUGUGUGUGUGUGUGUGUUUGUGGAUGCAAGUGUGUGAAUGUGAGCAAGAAACGCAGGUUGCCGUCUGUAUCGGGAUGGGGUCAGUAGUGUCUAGCUGUAUGUCCAGUGGAGGGGCGAAAUGGGGUGCUGUUGAUCAGUGCCCCGUGUACAUAAAACAGGCCCUGUCCAAUAGGGAAGUACACAAAAGGUGGUCCAAAUAUGAGGGCGAUUCUGUCCAUUGGUUUAUCAUAUUUACUGCAUCAUCCCUGCAGAUUAUAUUUUGUUUAUAUGACAAAAAAGAAAUGAAGCAGAAUUUGGGUGAUUUUCAAAUAAAGUGCAGCUUCCACAGAA